CCCACAACGAAGGAUAAAACAGAUCAAUUAUUUCAAAAUCACAAGUUGAAUCGUCGUAACAAGUAUGUCAUUAUUACAAUGAGUAAUUUGUUGCUGUAGUUUAUAGCUCUUGGAAGCUUACUUUUUUCUGUUUCGAAGAGUGCAAAACCAACCUACCUGCAGAUCUAAACCAGUUUACAAUCACUGAAAAUGGCAGAUGGCGACUCCCACAUUGAAAGUCUUGACGAGGCGGAGGACUUCUCAGGUUCUGGCAGUGACUACGAGGCCACAUUAAAAUCCACAAAGCGGAGAAAACAGGCAGUGACUGGACCACGGCCACCCAAGAGACCCAGGCAUAAAGCUGCAUUGAGGGGGUCCAGCCCCAGUAGCAGCCCAAUCCCCACCCCUCCACACCCCUCCCUUCAGCAGCAGCAGCAGCCUCGAGGGAGAUCCAAGAAGGCCUCUCCUAAAUUGGUGACGAGAGUGAACAAGCGGAACCGGGGAAUCAGUGCAGAGGAUAUCUAUGAUGCUGUCCGCUCUGGAAAGAGUGCCAUGGUGACGUUGGUGGACGAGUGGCUGGACAGCUACAAGCAGAGCCGAGAGGCGGGGCUGCUUGUGCUCAUCAACUUCAUUGUUCAGUGCUGCGGAUGCAAAGGUGUGGUGAGCAGAGAGAUGUUGGACAGCAUGCAGAAUGCAGAGAUCAUCAGCAAGCUAACCAGGGAGUUUAAUGAGGAUUCAGCAAACUACCCUCUGUGUACCCAAGGCACUGAGCUGAGGCGAUUCAAAGCCGGCCUGUGUGAGUUUGCUCAGGUUUUGGUUCGCUCCUGUAGCAACAGCCUCAUUUAUGACGAGUACCUGUUCCCCUCCCUGCUGUCUCUGCUCACUGGCAUGUCUGACUCACAGGUCAGAGCCUUCAGACACACCAGCACCCUGCUCUCCAUGAAGCUGAUGACUGGACUGGUGGAAGUGGCUGUGACUGUGUCUGUUCAGCAGCAGACCACCCAGCGGCAAUACAACAUAGAGAACAGCAAGGGUGCAUCUGACAGAGCCUCUGACAGACUGGAGGAUCUGCAGGCCACCAUCAGUCAGCUGCGGGAGAACAGAGUGGAGGUGUCCUCCAUGAUGAACGCUACGUUUCGUGGUGUGUUUGUGCACCGAUACCGGGACCGGCUGCCUGAGAUCCGGGCUGCCUGUAUUGAGGAGUUGGGCAUGUGGCUGAAAACUGCCCCCGCAGACUUUCUGAAUGAUGGAUGUCUGAAGUACCUCGGGUGGACCCUACAUGACAAGCAAAGUCCAGUGCGUCUGCAGUGUGUCCUUGCCCUCCAGGCCCUGUACCAGGAGGAGGAAUUCAUUGGCCGCCUGGAGCUUUUCACCAGCAGAUUUAAAGAGAGGAUGCUCAACAUGGUGCUGGACAAAGACCAGGAGGUGGCAGUGGAAGUGGUCAAUCUGUUGCUGCUGAUCCAACAGAUGACAGAGGACGGUCUGAAAGAGGAGGAGUGCGGACACAUCUAUCCGCUGGUUUACGCUUCAAACCGAGCCCUGGCGUCUGCCGCUGGCAACUUCCUCUUUAACAAGCUGAAAAGUGUGAUUGACAGUGACCACUGGGUGAAUGAUAACAUUGGAAAUGCAACCUUCCUUGAAAUCCUCAUCACCUUCUUCAUCCAGAGUGAGUUCCACGAGCACGGGGCGUACCUGGUGGACAGUCUGUGGAGCGUGGCAAGUUCUGAGCUGAGAGACUGGGAGACUAUGACAAUGUUUCUCCUGCAGGAGUGUGGUCUGAUGUACGAGGAGGAGGAGGCUCUCAUAGAGCUGAUGGUGUGUGCCCUCAAGCAGGCAGCGCAGGCGAGCCCCCCUGUUGGGAGAACUCGGGGCAAGACGCUUCUCAGUAAGAAAGCUAAGAAGGCCCAGGAACAAGACCGGAGACGCAUCACCAUGCACUUCAUCCCAUUACUGCCACAGCUGCUGGCCAAGUACUCAGCGGAUGCAGCGGUGGUGACUCUCCUCCUCAAAGUUCCGCUCUACUUUAACCUGGAGAUGUACAACAGCGUGCCACGGCUGGAGAAGUAUCUGGACCAGCUGCUGGCUCAGUUAUGCGGCAUUGUGGAGAAGCACACAGAGGUUACUGUGCUGCAGGCUUGUGCCACCCUGUUCAGCGCCCUUUGUGCCGAGAGCUACACCUUCUCCUCCCGCGCACACAUGGCAUUCAGCCAGCUGCUGGACGGCCUGACCGAGUGCUUCAGCUCCUACCUGAGUGACCUGCUGCAGGGUACUGAAGAUGAGGAUGACGGCUACAGUGCAGCCAUUACUCUGAAAAGGCUUGCUGCUCUGAGCAGUGUCAAGGACACAACAGGCUGGAAGCUGUUCGAACCUUGCCUUGAGCUUCUGAAGAGCAGGAUGGAAUCCAGAGAGCUCGACAAAGAGCUCAUGGUGUCGGCUCUGAAGUGUGCUGCCUUUCACCUGAUGUGGGCUAAAAUGAACGCAGUCAACUCGACUCCAGCUGAGGAGGAAUUACUGCACCUGAAGCAGGCGAUGCGCUCCUUCUGCAAAGUGUCUCAGACGUGUCUGUCUCUGAACCAGAUGGAGAUCAGAGAUCAGGCAUUUGAGCUGUUGUGCGACCUGCUGCUCUUGUACAGCACCACUUCAGUCCGCUCUCAACCUGACCUCCAGGCGCUGUUCCACGUUCCGUCAGAUUCCCUGCGCUCUGAGAUGGCUGCUUUCCUCAUGGACUACAUCUUCUCUGACACUGGAGAUGAUGAGCUCAAUGUUGAGGGUAACGAGGAGAUGAAGAUAACGAUUCUCCAGAGAAAGCGCAACCAGCUGGCUGGCUUCUGUAAGCUGGUCCUCUACGGCGUGCUGGACCUUAACGCCGCCACCAACGUCUUCAAGCAGUACAGCAAGUGCUUUAACGACUUUGGUGACAUCAUUAAAGAGACCGUAAGCAAGAGCAAACUCAUCAGCCCCAUCCAGAGCGCCAAGACGAUCUGCCUCUGUCUGCAGCAGCUGUUCUCAGAGAUGCUGACGGAGGACCACAGCCAGCAGAAUCUCAGUGAGAUUAGAGAAUUGGCCAAGAAGCUUGCCAUGAGCUUUGGCGUUGAUCUUCAUCGCAUCCGCAAACCACUGGUGGCCUUGCACACGUAUGGUAUACGUUUUGCAUUUCGGGACCCGCAGGAGGGGGAAGAGCAGAACGUGAAUUUGCCCUUCCUGGAAAUCCUCAGCGAGUUCAGUUUCAAGCUGAUGCAACAGGACCGCACCCAGCUCGCUGCCUUUCUGAAAUCAGAGUGUCCCUCUGCUACCCUCUACUGGCCCUCCGUCACAAUGUAUCAGUGCUCCUUAAAGGGACGCGUCUCGUCUAAACCCAUAGAGAAGGGGGGAGGAGAUGUCUCUUCUCAUGAUACACCUGUAGCUAAACGCAUGAAGACCACUGCCCUGGGUUCAGUGGCCAGCUCAGCGAGAGAGUCCUGGUUGGACAGCAUCAGUAUCCACAGCAACCUGCCCACCCCCGCCCUCACCUCCACUGCCCAGAGACUUGGAGUCAAGCAGCUUGCCACCUCCAGAAAAUCCGGGGCCCCGGAGUCUGAGGUCGGCAGCGGCUUCACUGACCCCGAGUCUGAGAAUGAGUUCCUCAAAGCGUCCAGUUUUCGAAAGAUGAAGCCCAACCAACGAGAGCUGUGCUGCUCCAGCCAGACUGGCACCUCUCAGGAACAGCAGGACCUGAACUCCAACCUCACCUUACUCUCUCUGAUUGAGGACGACGACGAAGAAAGAGAAGAGCCUGAGAUUGAGAAUUACGAGAGUGACUCCGAUCAUGAAUCUGAAUAUGCACUGCCUUCCACGCGUCACACCUCCACCAGUGUCCUUGAUGAGCUCUUUGAUUGAGUGCACAGAGACCUGCACCGUCGGGGGAUUACCCGUUCUUUCACAUGAAUGCAUCUCUUCAAUACUUCUGUACAUUUCACAGUACUGAGUAUUUGGGGCAUCUGUUCUUCUACAUGACCACUUACGGAGUUCAUCUAUCAGAUCUAUUUCAGUCAUUCAUUUUGUUGGAGGGGAAGAGAAAAACAAAAUGAUGCUGAAUGUUAGGGUCAAAAGUUGAUGCCAUUUCACUAAAUGUUAUGUUCAUGUUCAGUUAUCUUUGGUGAUUCUUGUCCGGCAGCAAGUUAAAAAUAUCUUCUGUUGUUCACUUAUUAAAGUUAUGUUCGUAGCAUA